CAAAUUGACAGAUUGUCAUUCAAAUUAACCCUGUUUGAAAUUGAUGUUUACCGCCUGUAAAUUUUAAAUUUACAAGUAAUAAAUUGUUAAUAUAACUCAAGCGUAAGGGUACAGUGAAGUUUAAAUAUUUAGCUACGAGCAACUAGCAUUCUGUGAAGUGGUUUAUUUGAUUGGACUGUAAGUGCGGUAAAAUGUUUAAUCAGCUCGGUGGCGGCACAAACAAUCCCAACAAGGAUCUUGAGGUGACUUCCCCACCUGAGGACACCGUGUCCUCUAUGGAGUUCUCACCGCCAUCCGUACAACAAACAUUUCUCGUAGCAGGCAGCUGGGAUUGCCGAGUAAGAUGCUGGGAAGUAGAAAUUUCUGGAAAAACUGUGCCAAAAGCUGCACAAUCUAUGGAAGGGCCCGUUUUAGAUGUGGCGUGGCAUGAUGAUGGCAGUAAAGUGUUCAUGGCCUCGACAGACAAAAGUGUGAAGUGCUGGGACCUAGCGGCCAACCAGUGUGUGCAGGUAGCAGCGCACGACGCCCCCGUAAAGACAUGUCACUGGAUCAAAGCUCCCAACUACAACUGCCUGAUGACCUCCUCCUGGGAUAAGACAAUCAAAUUUUGGGACACACGCAGUGCGGUGCCCAUCAUGACGAUGAAUCUCUCGGAGCGCUGCUACUGCGCCGACGUGGAGUACCCGAUGGCGGUGGUGGGCACGGCGGACCGCGGCAUCUGCCUGUACACGCUGGAGGGCAAGCCGGCCGAGUACAAGCGGGUGGAGUCGCCGCUCAAGUACCAGCACCGCUGCAUCGCCAUCUUCCGCGACAAGAAGACCAAGCAGCCGACGGGCUUCGCGCUCGGCAGCGUGGAGGGCCGCGUCGCCAUACAGUACGUCAACCCCGUCAACCCCAAGGACAACUUCACCUUCAAGUGCCACCGCGCCGGCGGCGGCACCACCGGCAGCUUCCAGGAUAUCUACGCGGUGAACGACAUCGCAUUCCACCCCGUGCACGGCACGCUGGCCACGGUGGGCUCGGACGGCUGCUACUCCUUCUGGGACAAGGAUGCGCGCACCAAGCUCAAGUCCUCCGAGACCAUCGACCAGCCGCUCACCAAGUGCGCCUUCAACCACAGCGGACAGGUGUUCGCCUACGCAGUCGGCUACGACUGGUCCAAGGGACACGAGCACUAUAAUCCCGCUAAAAAGAAUUUCAUCUUCCUGCGGCCGUGCUUCGACGACCUCAAGCCGCGCACCACGUGAGCGCACCAUUACAAGUUCUUUGUCAAUAAACACAACUAUUUCUGUUGGUAAUUUAACUUAGUCGGAAAAUUGUAUAUCACAUUACAGUGACAGCAAUAAAAUACCUAAAUCUAUAUACAAGUCAGAAUUAUAAUUAUUGUACAUCUUUAAGUAUGUACAGCUCCAUGUAAUCUGAGAAAAGUAAAGGAAUAUUGGUCUUUUACUUUAUUUUUGUUAAAUAAAUCAUGAGAUUUCAAA